ACACUGAGAGAAGUUAGAGAAAAAGUCUGCUGUCAUAUUCACAUGAAAGGAUACUUCUCUCUUCUCAUUUUCCGUUGCAUCACUAUUAAUACAAAGUAUUUGAAUUUCUGACAAGCACAGCAGCAGAGUGUGUCAGCGCUGGAUGUGAAGAUGGGGCACACUUUGCUCUGUGUGCUGGCGUUAUUCUUGCUGAGCACGCUCCUCUAUGGACAAGAUGAAGGUGGUGAUGCAGUCCUGGAGAGUCCUGCAUUCACCGUGUUUGAAGGAGACUCAGUGACUAUGCGCUGCAAACAUCAUAAUCGAAGAAACAAGAUGAAAGCUGCCUUUUUCAAGGACAUAUCACGUGUUGAAAACCAUCAGUCACGAGGAGCAGAAAUGACCAUUCAUUCAGUCUCCAAGUCAGAUGAGGGCAAAUACGCGUGUGAGUUUGGUGAUGGGGCAAAAUCCGAAGCAAAAGAACUGCGAGUGGAAGCACAGAGACGUGUGGUCACACUGAGAGCAGAUGAGACCACCGUACCAGUGAGGGGCCAUGUUACUCUGACCUGUGAUGUUGAGGAUGCUACUGGCUUGGAAAAUCUAUGGAUCAGAUAUACCUCGGACUCUUCAAAAAAACCUGUCGAUAUUAAAAAUGGUUAUCAAUAUGACAUCUCACAUGGAGGCAGUUACACCUGCCAAGGAUGGAGAAGGGAACCAGAUUUCUUCACAUCUCAAAGUAAUGCAGUCAUCAUUCAGGAAACUGUUUCCAACAAAGCCACUGUGACCCUUCAACCCAACUGGCCUAAGAUAUUCAGUGGUGAGAAGAUGACUCUGAGAUGUGAGAUCCAGGGAGGUGGAGACACUGGGUGGACAUAUGAAUGGAGCACAACCAGCGGAUACACACGUCCAACACAAAAAGAUUACAUUAUUAGCAGUGCUACUGAGAACCACAGUGGAAAAUACAGAUGUGUGGGUAGAAGAGACUCGUAUUUCAUAAUGCAGUGGAGUGAUGUCAUCACAUUGGAAGUCUUGUCAUACACACCAUGGGCCAGACUGAGUGCUGUCAACAGAGACAUUCCUGUAGGGGGCAGUGUGACCCUGAUCUGCUCUGUGAGCCCAUCAUCAUCAUCUGGUUGGACAUACUUCUGGUACAGAGGAGAGAAAACCUCUGAACUCCUGGCCUCACAAGAUAUUGUCUUCCUCUCAGAUGGAAAAAUCAGUGUCUCACAGGGAGGACUCUACUGGUGCAGAGGAGGAAGAGGGGACCCUGUUUGCUACACAGAGUACAGUGGUUCAAUCCGUGUCAACAAAAUAAAUAUACCUCAGCCUGUCCUCACUGUGUCUCCAUUAUGGCUGAGUCCUGGAGCCUCAGUAACUCUGAACUGCAGUGUUAAAUAUCCAUCUGCAGGAUGGAGGUUCUUCUGGUAUAAGGCUGUUCCCAGACUGUCAGACAGCUCCUACAGCUAUGAGCUGAUACCUGACAGCAUCAAUGGGACUGAACAGGAUUCCUACAUUGUUGAUGGACAGACACACACAGCAGGAUAUGUGUGCAGAGCUGGAAGAGGAGAUCCAGUGUAUUAUACUCAUUACAGUGAACCUAAGUUUGUCUUGUCUGGAGAUGUUCAUUCAUCUGCGUCUCUCACGGUGAGUCCAAACAGAGUUCAACACUUCACCACUGACUCUGUCUCACUGAACUGUGAAGGAAACUCUACUGAGUGGAGAGUGAAGAAGUUAACUGAAUCUGGCAGCAUAUUAUUCUGCCAAAACUGGGGGACAAUGACUGGAUCCACAUGCAGCAUAAAGCGUUACCAGCCCAGUAAUGCAGUGUACUGGUGUGAGUCUGGAUCAGGAGAGUUCAGCAACGCAGUCAACAUCACUAUAUCAAGUAAAGAUAUUAUCCUGGUGAGCCCUGUCCAUCCUGUGACCGAGGGAGAUUCUGUUAGUCUUAGCUGCAGAAUAAGAAGCCAAACAUUUGCUUCCAAGGUGUUUUUCUAUCGAAAUGACAAACUCAUUCAAAAUGACACCAGAAGGGAGCUAAAUAUCUCUGCAAUGUCAAAGUCAGAUGAAGGCUUUUACAAGUGUAAAUACUCAACAGGAGUGUCAGCACAGAGUUGGAUGUCAGUUAAAGGAGCCUCCAGGCCUGAAAGCUCCUCAUUUCCCAUACCGAUGAUUAUCCGGCUGGUUUUUGGAAUUGUAGUUGUUAUUCUUCUGCCCCUUUUGUAUUGCUUCACACCGUCCAAAGAUUCGUGCUUUAUCAGGCCAGUCCAGUCUGAGAGCACCAAUCGGGGCUCUGCUGCAGGUCACCUGUUCAACCAGAAGGAGGCUCAACAGAAUGAAGAUUCCUCUCCUCUCCAUGGUGAGGCUCAUCUCUAUGAAUCAAUUAAAGGCUCUGACGACACUGAUAAUGGAAAAUCAACUGCGCCAGCAACUGAUGAAACUUCUCUCUGAAGUUAAACCAGGAACAGCUCUUGUCACCUGGUGAAAUGGCACUAGCCAAGUUUCAGUGAACAUCCUGAUAUCCUGUUGAAAACUGAUGCGUCACAUAGGUCCACCAGUUUAUUUCUAUCAUCUGUACAAUGGCUAGCAGGAUGCUAGUUCAGCUGGUGCUCAUUCUUCUUCAUCUUUUCCUCUAUGUUUACUGAUGUUUACAUGUGAGAACCUUGACCUGGCUAGCUAGCAGCUAGCUAGCAGAGGAGAGUUUACAGACUGGUGAGUCGAUGCUCAUCAUCCUGAUGAGAGACUCACAGCCACACACCAUCAUCGUCCAAAGCCCACCACAAAAAGCACCACCAACACGCUGACAGAGAGGCGACUGGAAGCGUCUGUGCUUAACUUGUGGAUUUAAUUAGUCUGAGCACGAGCACUAGACUAUUGAUACAUUAUAUAUGUGAUGAGAAUGUAUGUAUAUACUAUACAUACAUUCUCAUCUAGUAUUAAUGCACUGCCUUUUUUUAUUUUGUACAGUCAUUUUGUCAUUUAUUUUUUGUAGGAAACUUUGAAUCCAAGCUAUUCCAAAGAGCAGCACAAAUAUAUUUGAGCUUCUGAUAGUGCAGCUUUAAAGUCAGCAUCUUUUAUAGAGUUCGAUAAGAUAGAUCCAGGAUGGACAUUACAAACUACUUUAAUAUACAGUAUGUAAUAAUCUGCUAUCAGACAACAUGUCCUCUUACAUGUUUUUCUCUGUCUUAAAAAUAUAUUUAUAACUACUGUGCAUAUUUUAUUUUCACCUGAUUGAACUUGAUAUUUUUUGUUU